AUGACGUAUGCGCUGAUGUGCGCUGGCCAAAUAUAUGUUUCUGGUAAAACUCGCCUUUCUCCUUUCAAACGCACCAGCCAAACAACUGCCGAAGGAUCUCUGGAGUUUUCAUUGCCUCAGACAUUACCAGUGUCUUCUUGUCGAUUGCUGGUGUAUUACAUGAGGAAAGAUGGUGAAAUUGUUGUAGUAAGAUUUAACAACAAACAUCGUGAACCAGGAGAAAGGGUUCAAAUCGCAUUAAAAGCCGCCCCAGGAUCCACGGUGGUGUUGAGUGCUAUUGAUAAACGCUUAAGACAAGAAACUGAGGAUAUCAMUGUAGACAAGGUGCUUGGCUUUCRUGAGAGACUAAACGUUGGCCCUGCCAGAAAGUCGUUGAGAUUGGAAACAAAAAUUAAGGAGGCAUCCAACACUUUUUAUGAUGCUGGUUUUGUGUAUUUGUCUGAUUCACCGACUUUCGCUGUUCCUGCUGUUACAGGGCCGGAUACAGGAGUGGUGGUGGUGGACAAGCGAAUUUCGAAUGAAUGCAGAUUGAGGAGACGAUUUCGMCGACAAGCUCCAGGAAAUGCUCAACCUGCAGGAUUGCAAAAUCCCUUGAAAACAUCCAACCAUCARCAGGACCAAGCACCUGAAACAUGGCUGUGGACAGAGGAAACUGUUAGUAAAUCCAACGGUCAAAGGAUAAUCACAGCUCGAGUCCCUGAUUCAAUCACCUCGUGGCAUCUCAGUGCUUUUGCAAUGUCGUCGACACAUGGCAUGGGCGUGGCCGAACCUUCUUCUCUCACCGUCACUCGACCUUUCUUCGUGUCGGUUACAGCACCUUAUGCAGUAGUUCGCGACGAGAAAGUCAACAUUUUGACAAGAGUGUUUAGCUACAUGAAGACAUGUGCAACAGUUGUUAUACAGUUGAAACCAACAAACGAUUUCCAACUGAUUUCGAAGAAUAAUCAAAGACUCUGUAUUUGUGGUGACGAGGCCAAGAGCGUAAAUCACGUGAUCAAACCRACUAAAGUUGGUAAAGUAUCUCUUACUGUCACAGUGAAGAACGUGGCUCCCAGUCUGUGCAAGAAUCCAUCUCAAGAGCCCUCCCUUGGGAUAUCAGAUUCUGAAACUCGAGUGCUUCGUGUUGAGGCAAGACGUGAUCGGCUUCUGCACAGUACGCCAUAACAAACGAUCUUUAUACAACACAAGACACUUUGCCUCUUUGGCCAAAAGUCCUCGGCAGAAAUAGAUCGCCAUUGUAUCAGAGUUCUCGACUUACGUCUACUAGCUCUGAUUGCAUCAAAGUCUUAUUCAAAACCCAAUUAGACGGCACCACUUUUGCCUACGACCAUCGCAUACGAACCUUCAUUUCAAGUCAUCCUUACGGUCAGYGCUCGGUCGAUUAUAUUUUUCGUAGGGAUGUUUUAAGGAUGCUAUGUUAUAAGGAUGACUUACACAGGCUGUAUGCUAUGGUUGUAGGCGAAAGUUGUGUUGUCUCAAUUGCUUUCUUUAAGCUGCUUGUUUACUAAUGUUUUAACUGUUUUGUAGAUUUCGCUAAUAUUUGAGAUUAAAAGAAAAUUAAUUAUGAA